UUUCCUUUGCUUGGUAAUUUUUCCCAUCUCGCUGCCGAGCGCGCCGACGGCCCAACCACGUAGCUCCUUGUCUUCCUCCUCGAGCGAGCGCCGCCACCGCUGCCGAGCGCCCCAGCCCCCUCGCUCCGUCGCUCGUCUUCCUCCUCGUGCGAGCGCCUCCACCGCAGAUAUCUAUCUCCCCUGCAAUUCUUGUUCCCGACCGUUUCUCCUCCAAUCACCCCACGAACAGAUCCCGCCCUUUAGCUUCCCGUCGCAUCUCCUUAAUCUUCCCCAAAUCUUCCUUGCCCUACCGGGUCCUCCGCCCUUGCAUGUGACCAAAUCAGAGUCUCGAUGAAUUAUGCAGAGACCAUAUAAUUCAGCCUUUCAAUGAAUUAUAGAAUCUCUGUGCAAGUCAAUUUCGGAUUAAAGAGAGAAGAAAGAUAAAUCCCCAUGGGCUGUCCCUUCACUGCCCUCACAAUCGAAUGGCCAAACCCAAUAUCAGACGCCCGUACGCCUAGGGUUCUUCAGAGGUCUAGUAGCCGCCUACGAGGUCAACUGACCUGAAGCUUGCUACCACCAGCUGCCGCUUCGUCGCGAAGCCCCGCCACCGUGCCGUUUGCUGUUCCACACCCACGCUACGCCACCAUCAACUGGCGCAUCGAUUUCUGAAUUGUUAAGUGUACGGCAACUGCUUAGCUUGCUUACUAUGUCCAUCUUCCGUUUCAUCCUCCCGACAAUAAUGAGGAGUAGAAGCUGGAAAUGCUUUGCUACUGGGAUUCCUUCUGAUGCUAUAGCGGAGCUUAAUAAGGAAAUGGAAUCAAUAUUUGGUGAAUCUCCUUCACCCAGUCCUUUGGGUGGUUCAAGUCCUCCCCAGCAGCCAGCCCAGCCAACUUCUGAAGCCUGGGAGGUACAACCAGCGCUUACCCAUGUUGAUAGCAGUGGCCAGGCAAAGAUGGUUGAUGUCUCACCAAAACAAGACAGUGAGAGAGUCGCUAUAGCCAGCUGCAGGGUCUUGCUAGGACAAAAGGCGUUUAACUUGGUGGCAUCAAACCAGAUUGCCAAAGGCGACGUACUAACUGUUGCAAAGAUAGCUGCAAUAACUGGUGCGAAGCAAACUAGCAACCUCAUACCCCUGUGCCACAACAUCAAUCUCUCCCAUGUUCGUGUUGAUCUCACUCUCAAUGAAGAGGACUCUAGUGUCAUCAUAGAAGGGGAAGUGGCAACUAGCGGGAAAACAGGGGUUGAGAUGGAAGCAAUGACUGCCGUGGCCAUUGCCGGACUGACGGUUUAUGACAUGUGCAAAGCCGCUUCAAAGGACAUUUGUGUAACGGAUAUCUGCCUCCAGCACAAAUCUGGGGGAAAGAGUGGAAACUGGUCAAGGAGUUAGAGGCUUCAGUUAUUAUUCUUGGGAUAUAUGAAGUGAAAGUUUGAUAUGGCAUAGUGAAAUUUUACAAUUCUGACACCAGAAGGUUUUUAUUUUCUUUAUAUGCGUGCUUGCUAGAUAUUUGAACUCUGAGCCAGUAGCUAAAGUUAUUUUGAACUCUCUGCCUGUUGUAAAGGCAUUUCUCAAUGUUUUCAGAAUGACUAGUUAUAUUACACUAUGUUGGCAACUAAAGAUUCUCCUUCAGUACUGCUGCAUCUUAUGUAGACUGUUGUGCACAAGUCAACAUAAGAUGGAGUAGAUGUAAUAUGUUGAUAUUUUUGUGGCUGGAUUGGAAGAGUGCAUAAACAGACAGUCUAGUUGUACAAUGGAGAGACCUCUAAUGCUCACGAGAUCAAAAUACUCCAGAAUUGCACUUCAAACUUUAUCAUCUGGGUCCUUUAUCUGAUUAGAUUCUGACUUGUGUAAUCUGUAGUUGGUGUGGUGAUAUCAACAAUAUUGAUCUUACUGUGUAUGUGUUUAUUCAUGUGUUUUGAACAAUCUAUUCAUGUUUGAUUACAAGGUGGAACAAUGCAUCCUCGCAUAACCAUGGGGAUUAGAAGUGAACCAUAGAAUAGGAGUCAUUGGCUGCAUUUCGUCUUGUACCCAGAUUGACUUAGUAUGCGCAUAAAUACUUUAGGUGCCCGAUGAUACAGAAGAAGACACAUCAGUUUCAAUUAUCGUAUAUGUUUGCCUUCAUUCUACUUUCUGAUGCUGAUGAAUGAAAACAUCCAAAUUCCUUGUCCUGGGUUCCUAUCGGCAUGGCAAAGUUAUUCGCAGGGUAAACACACAUUCAUCUCUAUGUUCUGAAACAUGACAAUUUUUUACUUAAUUCAUCUCGAUGAUGCUGGAAGUGGGACAGUGACACGGAAAAGGAACAGCAAAAGUAUCGCACAUCCAAAUCAUUUUAGGUGGUGUUUGGUCCCCCAUUUAGUUAGUUUGUGCUGACAUAAUGCGUGUAACAUUUGUUCUGCAUGUUAUGGAGAAUAGGUCCGAAUGUCUUAGUGUGGAAACUGGAAUAGUUUAGGCUAUAGGCCAAACAUGCAGGAGGUGAGACAGUGACUGUAGAACACGACAAUGCAAAUACUCCACAAAAAUAAUCUUUUCGGUGCCUUCUUACUUCAUUGAUCA